AUGUCACCUCUCACAGCCUUACUCUGUCUGGGGUUGAGUGUGGGUGUUGGAAUCUCAGUGCAGGCAGGUGCAUCUAGAAGACCUUCCUUGCUGAGCCCACAGGGACCAAUCACAACCCCAGGACAGAACCUAACCCUGCAGUGUCGCUCUGAGGCUGGCUAUGACACCUUUGCUCUGUACAAGGAAGGGAGCCAGAACUUCCUCUGCCAUAUGGGCUACAACCCCCAGGCAGGGAUCUCUCAGACUGACUUCCCCCUGAGCCCUGUUAACGACUCCCAUGGGGGCCGGUAUCACUGCUUUGGAAGACAUGGCCUUACCUCCCUGUGGGCAAAGCCCAGUGACCCCCUGGACAUCCUAGUGGCAGACAAAGCAAAACUCACCAUCUGGGAGAUCCAACAGGGCAAUGCAGGAAGGUUGGAAUUUGAGUUCUGCGAGGCUUCAGGCCGCUGCAAGUAUAGUGAUCAGCUGAAGUUGAUGGUCACAGGGCAGAACUGGACAUUCAGCUGUUAUGGAAAUGAAUUGGUGCUGUCAUACCCCAGCAACGUGCUACAGCUUCUGCUCUCAGAUACAUCGGGAAGGCCCUCGCUGCUAAGCCUGCAGGGCUAUAUCAUGACCCCAGGAGAGAACAUGACCCUGCAGUGUUAAUCUGAGGUUGCCUAUGACACUUUUGCUCUGUCCAAGGAAGGGUGCCUGGAACUCUAUCAGGUCCCCAGCCACAAUACGCAGGCUGGGCUCUCUCAGGCACACUUCAACCUAGACACUGUGAGCAUCUUUGUUGGGAGCCGAUAUCGCUGCUAUGGGAGACAAGGCCUCUCCCCCCUGUGGUCACAGCCCAGUGAACCAUUGGACAUCCUGGUAGCAGGACAACUCCCCUAUACUCCAGCCCUCUCAGUAGAUCAGGGCCACUUGGUAUCCCCAGGAAAGAAUAUAACCCUGCUAUGUGUAUCAGAGAAUUGGAUGGACACCUUCCUGCUGGCCAAGGAGGAGUCAGCCAACCCUCCACUGUGGCUUCAAGUGUCAGCAGUGAAUCUCAUCCGGAUCCUCCUGGGUGGUGUAGUUCUGCUUUUCCUUAGGAAUCUGCUUCUUGAGGCUUGA